AUAUAUCUGUAAAUAGCAAAAAGCGUUAUAUUAUUGCAAAAGUUAAAGCACUAAAGAUUAGAGCUUUUACUCGGCAACAACAUAAAAACAUGCAAUAACGAAACGUCACCUUUCAACAACACGUGUGAAAUUGUCAACUGUCAAAUUUUCUCAUGAAGUACACAAAUUACAACGCGAUAAAAUAUAUAUUUUUUGAAUAAAUAAAGUGAAUAUAGUGUGUGAAAUACAAUGUUACGUAGACAGGCGCGUUUGCGUCGUGAAUAUUUAUACAGAAAGUCCAAAGAAGACAAACAAAAAAGUAUACAAGCUAAGAAGGAUCAGUUGAAACGAUGUUUGGAAGAAAACAUACCGAUUCACGGCGAUUUGAGGAAAGAAGCACUCGCUUUACAAAAAAGAACUGAAUAUGAAGACAAAGGACCCGAAAGGGCGGCAGUUAUUGGCGGUUUUAGUGGAGGUACAAACACAUUGAACUCACAAGAUGAUGAGUACAGAUAUGCAGGAGUUGAGGAUCCCAAGAUCAUGAUCACUACAUCCAGAGAACCUAGUGCUAGACUGAAAAUGUUUGUGAAAGAACUUCGAUUAAUAUUUCCAAACAGCCAGAGGAUGAACCGUGGUGGUUAUGAGAUGUCUCAGUUGAUACACGCAUGCAGAGCCAAUGAAGUGACAGACUUCAUUGUGGUGCAUGAACACAGAGGUGUUCCGGAUAGCUUGGUGAUAUGCCACCUCCCCUAUGGGCCCACAGCAUCAUUCACUCUCUCCGGUGUGGUGAUGCGGCAUGACAUCCCAGACAUUGGCCCCAUGAGCGAGCAGUACCCACAUCUGCUGUUUCACAACUUUAAAACAGAUCUUGGGUUGAGAACCAUGAGCAUAUUGAAAUAUCUGUUCCCAGUACCAAAACCUGACUCGAAGAGAGUGAUCACAUUUGCUAACCAUGAUGAUUAUAUCUGUUUUAGACAGCACACAUACAAGAAGGCAGGCAAAGACAUAGAGUUGACGGAGAUCGGACCGCGGUUCCAGAUGAAACUGUACGAGAUCAAGCUCGGUACGCUGGAGGCGCUGGACGCGGCCGACACGGAAUGGGCGCUGCGUCCCUACAUGAAUACAGCGGCUAAGAGACGCUUCCUUAGCAAUGAUGAUGGAUGGAGGCAGGAUGAUGAAUAAAUUUAUUUGAAAUA